UGCUACUGCUCACGACUUGCGCUCUUCUCACGUGUCCUCGAUUGCUUAGGCCUUGUUGUCAGUUUAUCAGCUGACAGAGAGAUUCUGAGACGAAAUGGGUAUGGAAUACGUUUCAGUGUCGUGAAAACAGAAUUUGUCGGAGGUAGCACUAUAACUAUUCAACAUGACUAACGUGUAUUCCUUUGAUGGCAUCUUGGUUUUUGGCCUGCUCUUUGUCUGUACAUGUGCAUACUUCAGGAAAGUGCCACGUCUGAAGUCUUGGCUCUUAUCGGAAAAGAAGGGUGUCUGGGGUGUGUUCUACAAGGCUGCUGUAAUAGGAACAAGACUUCAUGUUGCAGUUGCUUUAUCAUGCAUGGUGAUGGCUUUUUAUGUCCUUUUUAUAAAAUGAUCCUUUUCUGGAACUGUUUAAAGACAUACCAGGCAAUCUGGAUAUUUUCAGCCAAGAUGGCAUAAGUGACCAAGAUCUCAAAGGAGUCGUCUCAUGUUCCCUUUUUGGUAUGCUGCUUCUGGACCCUCUACAGUUGUCUGACCACAAAUUCCUACAUAUCCACAAACUGGAGGGGAUAAUGUUAUUUGUAAUGUUGUUAUAUUUUAUGUAAUUUGGGAGUUUAGUGUUUUGGUUUUUUUUUUCCUUUAAAUUACUGGAGAUUUUUUAGAAGAGCACAGUGUGAAUUCUGAAAUGUUUCGAAGAAGAAAGCCAGCAUUUUUGUCUGGUGGAAGUAUGAGAGCAUAGCUGUUUUGUGGCUAUGAUAUUUUAAUAAGCUUGUUACUUGCUUGCUUUGGGGAAAAAAAUAAAAAUUUACAUGGCCCAUUUUGCUAGAUUAGUAGCAGCCUUCCCCUUAGUUUGUUCUGCUUACCCCUAAUGUAUCACUAUUCAACAGACCCCUUUUGUGAAAAUGCUGCUGUGGGACAAUUACAGAAAACAGCAUAUAUAAAAGACAUAUGUUGCUUUGCAUUAUUUUAGUCAGUUAUGCCAGGGUGUAUAUAUGUCUUGUUUCACAUGGCUUGGAAAUAUUUAAUAAAAAAAGUUAAUGUACGAAAAACAGGAGGGGUGGGCUUUAUGGUGAAUGUGUGACUUUUUGUUAUGCUUUCGGAAUUUAAGUAGGAAUUACCAGAGAUGGACUUCACACAAUAUUCCCGAGGGACUGAGCCAAGUGUUGAAAUUAUCUGAACAAGGCAUCUAGUUUUCACCUUUUUAGUAAGGAUGUUGACAAUUUUAAAUUGAGGACAUCUGAGGAUAUCUUGGAAUUGCAAUGGACUGAUUCUCCUGAGCUUUUCUUUGCCUUACAAAGAUGAGGCAGCUUCAGAACUUCAAUGGGUGUCAUUGGCUGUAUUAGCCCUAUACAUCUGUCUUGACACUGUGACCUUAUCAGGAAGUCCCGGACAUUUAUUUCCUAGGUGCCUUUUAAAAGCAUGAAAUAGCUCUAUUCCUGACCCUCAGCAACUUCAUAUUUAGAAAUGUCUAAAUGCAAAUCUAAGAUUAUUAUUGGUACAUAAGUGUGUCACUUUACUGCUAUUUUCCGCAGGUUUACACUGCACCUCUUAGUGUCCAUGUUAGUAAGAUCAUAUUUAACUCUUUUUGCUUUGGCUUUAGUUACAUAUGGCCCAACCUGGAAUGUCCUGGGAGGUUAUUUGAAAGAUUACCAUUACGAGAAGUUUAAUAACUUGUGGACUACUAUCAGCUUCAUGUUGCAGUGGCAGUCUCUGUAAUUUAUGAUAUUAUGAAAUGUCAACACUAGGCACAUAACUGUUCUUCUGUACACUGCUAACUAGACAUAUCUGCCUUUGGAUGGGAUUAGAGUUUGAAAUUGCUUUUAUAAUUGUACUUCCUACAAAACAAAAGUUCUGUAACGAAAUCACAGUUAAUCUGUAUGUUUUUACUGAAUAAUGCAGACACGUGUGGGUACUUUUUUAAAUCACAUUAAACUGGCAAGGGAGAUUAUAGCUCA